AGUCUCUAGGCAGAUUUAACUUUUACUAUGUGAACUAAUUGUGAUUUUCUUGUCCCAGAUCCCUACUCCACUCCGAAUCGUUAUCGGAUUACUUCCGGGGAGCAAGGAAGAUGCAAUACAAGAAAUGAAAACCACACUACAGCAGCUGGAAAGUGCUUUAGCGAAAUGCAGCAAAGGAAAAGCCUUCUUUGGCGGAGAUACAAUAGGCUAUUUGGACAUCGCCUUAGGGUGCUUCUUGAGCUGGUUCAAAGCAGUGGAGCUGAUGAACGCUGAUGUAAACAUCCUCGACGAGGUGAAGACGCCUCUCUUGGCCGAAUGGGGGAACCGCUUCUGCUCCGAUGAUGAAGUGAAGGAGGUGAUGCCCGAACCCGACGCGCUCGUCGAGCAUGCCAAAAAAAAUAUUUUUCAAGCCAAGGAGAAUUAAUGCUGCUGCUACUUAUUGAAGCAAUCUAUAUGAUGUUAUGCCGAAGAUUAUAUAAUAAUGGUUGGUGAUUGCCAUAGGAAUUUAGAUAAGGAAUAAAUUUGGGGAAUAAGUAAAUGGAUAGGGAAAUGCUUGGCUUUUGUAACGUGAUGAAUUAAGCUACUUGGAUUAGAAUUUAUACUUA